GGGAAAUGCAGAUGGCACAAACUGCAUCUGUUGCUAAUAACAUCAGCUUGCUUCCUAUUAUGCUGCAAGAAUGCCUAGUGCCUGACACAAUAAAGCACAUCAACUACAUUGAUGUAACAAAUGGAGAUGUUCCACAAGCUGCCAUGAAGCUACAGAAGAAUGUACUGAAUCCUCCUCAAGGUUUCAUCCCACAGAACAAUAUGUUACGCAUCAAUGGAUUUUCAUUUCCACUUGAAGAAAAAAUUAUUAAAAAUGGAUGUUUUAAGACCCAAUUACAAUUUGGACUACCACCAAAUGGUAUAGAUGCUUUAGAACAAAAGGGUAUAAUGAUACCAAAAGAACAGAUAGAUGAAAUAUUACACACAUUGAAUCAUCAUGGACCCAGUAUAAGAAUCAGUAGAACAACUCCAAUCAGGCUUGCAUGUUAUGUAAUGCUGACCAUGAUAGGGCUUGGAUGGCUAAUUUUUUGGAUGAUAUUUGCUGUUUCGUCUGCAUCUCCAAUUAGACAGACAUCUAAUAAUACAACUUGCAUAUUUUCUGCAGCAAUUUCGGAUGUGACCUUGCAGUGUUCUAGUCCGAUUCCGAUCAUUCUUAGCAUAAGCUUUAUUUUGUUAGGACUUUUCCCAUUAGGGGCAUUAAUCGCAUACAUAGUCAAAAGAAAAGUGAUACUGAAAAAAGUUAUUGCUUUGAUACUGGAUAUUUCUUUGAAAACAAUGGCCGACUACAAAAUGUUUAUAUAUCCCGCAAAGACAGGAGAAUUUCUGCGUAUCGUAAAAUAUGACAUCAACCCUUGUUGGCAGCAUUUGAUUCAACAAGAAGAUCCCAACAUCGAAACUCUUGACAUCGACAACUGGAAACUGAACCUCACAAAAUCUGAAUUUCGCCUUUAUAUGGAAAAACUUAUGAUGGGAUCUUUAAAUAUGGCCCCAGCAGUGAAGCAUCAGACUAUUAAUUACCAUGUAUGCUUUUGCCAAUUUGUCCUCGCCAAACAUUCACAAAUGUUUGUUCAAUGAAGAUAUAUUAAAGUCUGUUCAUAAGGCCAUUUUUAACUAGCAAUUUAUUUUCAUGGCCUUAUUUCCAGUAAUAAGAUAUGUAAAUAGAUAUGUUUUGCAUAGAAUAUCAAUGUGACUUUGACAGUCUGAGAUUCACUGAGUAAUAUCAUUGUGGCUGAUGGAUGAUGAGCCUUGUGGGUGAUGCACUGGACAUUGAACUAGAAGAAGGGAAGGAGUAUCAUUUAUUCGAACAUGACUGUAUUCACGCCUUCUAUAAACUGUAAUCAAAGUCAAUGCUUCAGCUGGGUUAUAUUCGAGAUUAAUAACCCAGUUAAAACGUGUAAUGUGUGACGUCAUAACGGUGGGUCGUAGUAAUGGCGGACCAUGAUGAAUAUUCGAAACAAUUUGGUGAAUUUUCAUGUUCGAAUCGUAAUAUAGACCUCAGAGCAGGGUUACUAGUUUCGAAUAACACGCCGCUGGUCUCGGCACAAAAGCUUUCGAACCCCUCACUCCCUUCGGUCGUU